UCGUUAUACCUACUGAUAUCGUCAAUAUGCUAUCUUAAUUAUUAUUUAACUUAUAUAUAUAUAGAAAAUAUGGAUAAGAUUGUCAAUCGCGUUAUAUUUGAGCUGACACAAUGUAAUACCUACAGUUGUAGUUCGACAGUGCGUAAAUGUGUAGCUUGUAUUAUUUAACUUAAUAUUUUCGUUCGUUAAAAAAAAAGUGUGCAGUGAAAAAAUAUAUUAAUAUUAUUAUCAAUGGAAUUUGUAAAAAGUAAUAAAAAUAAGGAUUUAUUAUUGUAUAGUGGCUUUUUGCAUCGUGAAGAUUGAAAACAAAAUAACACAAUAUAUUGGCGUUGCGUAGAAAGUUCAUGUAAAGAUAGAAUAAUUACGAUAAACGGAGAAAUUAAAAGUCAACCUAAGGAAAACUCACAUAAUCGUGUUCCCGAUCCGUGUAAAAUCUAAUACAAAAUGGCUGUGAAUAAGAUAAAAGAAGCGGCUGUUCAUACACAAAAUACUCCACAUGAUAUAAUCAGUACUGUUCAAAUAGUACCUGGAGUAGCCGGUGCAAUGCCUUCAGUUCAUCAUUUAAAACACACCAUACGAAGAGUUCGAACACGUAACCAAUGCGCACCACCUAUUCCGAAAACAGUGAGUGACCUUAGAAUUGCUGAUGAGUAGGUAUACUAAAACGAUGAAAGGCGAACAAUUUUUAAUAUUUGACAGUGGGCAUCACAAGAUCGAAUUUUAAUAUUUUCGACCGAAAAUAAUUUAAAAUUAAUGGAUCAAUCAACUAAUUGGUUAGUCGAUGGAACUUUUAAAACGGUACCUUCACUUUUUUAUCAGUUAUUCACUAUUCAUGUACUUAUUCAACAAGGUGACCAAACAGUUAGUCCUACCAUUUAUGCAUUAUUAACCGAUAAAUCUCAAUUAACAUAUACACGUUUUCUUAAAUAUUUAUUAGAAAUAAAACCAUCUUUAAAUCCUACAUCGGUAAUAAUGGACUUUGAACAUGCCUCAAUCAAUGUAUUCAAAACUGUUUUUCCACAUGCUGAACACCAAGGUUGUUUUUUUCAUUUUUCUAAAUGUAUGUGGCGACAAAUUCAAAAUGUUGGUCUAGUCGAAAAUUAUAUUAAUAAUGCUAACUUUGCUCUUCAUAUUCGUAUGUUAGCUGCUUUGGCCUAUGUUCCACCAGAUAACGUUAUUAUUAAUGCAUACGAAGAAAUUUUAGAAACACAAUUUUAUGUUGAAAAUGAAGACCUGUUAAUGCCAUUCUUGGAUUAUUUCGAGGAUAACUGGGUAGAAAAAAUAACAGGAAGACGAAAAACUCGACGACAACCAAGACAUCCUAUUGAUAUUUGGAAUUGUCAUUAUUCAGCCAAAAAUGGUCUUCCAACAACAAACAACGCUGUUGAAGGGUGGCACAGAGGAUUUACAUCUGUUAUUGGUUCGUAUUAUUUUAUUAAUAAUUAGUAUCUUUAGUAAUAGAAUACAUAUUCUUUAGGAGCAAGCCACCCUAAUAUAUGGAAAUUCAUUGAUGGAAUUAAGAAAGUUCAAAAUAUAGAAGAAUUGAAACGAGAGCAGUAUAUUGCUGGAGAAUAACCACAGAAAAAAAAAAGUACAAGGACUGUAAUAAAAUAAUUCAUGCAUUAAUUACAAAUUAUAAUACUAAUGAGAAUAAGAACUUCAUAAAAGGUAUAGCAUAU